GGAACAUCUGGAAAUGGCAGAGGGACAAAACUGGCGCCCAAGCGGGUCUUCGUCUUCCCCGGUCAGCGUUCACAGCCCAAAGCCGCGGACGCCAUAGCUGAGCUGAUAAGCUCUGCAACUGCUCACCGAUGCUCUUCUCCUCCAAGCUCAUUCGCUCCCUCUGCAAACCCCAAGCCCCGACCCCGACCCCGACCCUCCUCCGCUUCCUCAAGACCCUCCCCACCGCCCAUGGAGAAGCCGCGUCGGGGAGGAAGAAAGACGACUACUUCGCCGUCGUCCACCACGUCUCCAACAUAGUCCGCCGCGACUUCUACAUGGAGCGCACCCUCAACAAGCUCCCCCUCACCCUGACCUCGGACCUCGUGCUCCGCGUCCUCCGCUCCUGCUCCCGCUGCCCCGACGAGUCUCUCCGCUUCUUCAACUGGGCCCGAUCCGUCCCCCACCAUGCCCACUACUACUCCCCGACCUCCAUCGAAUUCGAGGAGCUCGUCAAGAUUCUUGCCACCUCCAAGAACCCCGACUCCGUCACCAAGAUCCUCCACCAGAUGAAGGACGCCCAUUUGAGCGUUUCGCCGAACACCUUGUGCUCCAUCCUGGAGUCGUACGGCCGGCAGGGCCUCGCGGACCAGGCCGUGGAGGUCUUCAACAAGUGCAAGUUCUUCAACUGUGAGCAGACCGUCGAGGUAUACAAUUCCCUCCUUUUCGCUCUUUGCGAGAUUAAGAUGUUCCAUGGAGCCUAUGCCCUGAUCAGGAGGAUGAUUCGAAAAGGGGUUAGCCCUAAUAAGAGAACCUACUCUGUUCUGGUCAAUGGGUGGUGCUCUUCUGGGAAGAUGAGAGAAGCCCAAGAGUUCUUGGAAGAGAUGAGCCGGAAAGGGUAUAAUCCUCCUGUUCGGGGGAGGGACCUCUUGAUCGAAGGGCUUCUCAAUGCUGGGUACUUGGAAUCUGCCAAGGAAAUGGUUAGGAAGAUGACCAAGGAGGGCUUUGUACCCGACGUGGAGACGUUCAAUUCCCUGUUAGAAUCCAUUUGUAAGUCGGGUGAGGUUGAGUCCUGCAUCGACAUCUUCCGCACCGCUUGUAGCUUGGGCCUCUGUCCCGAUAUCAAUACUUACAAGAUCUUGAUUCCUGCUGUUUCUAAGGGGGGAACCAUUGAAGAGGCCGUAAGGCUACUCCACAACUGUAUCGAUGAUGGGCACAAGCCAUUUCCGAGCUUGUAUGCUUCGAUCAUUAAGGGGAUGUGUAGGAAGGGGCAGUUCGAUGAUGCCCUCUGCUUCUUUAGUGAUAUGAAGGUCAGGGGACACCCCCCGAAUAGGCCGGUCUACACGAUGUUGAUUACGAUGUGCGGCCGUGGAGGUAGGUACGUGGAGGCGGCGAAUUACUUGGUGGAGAUGACCGAGUUUGGGAUGGUACCAAUUUCUCGGUGCUUUGAUAUGGUUGUUGAUGGCUUGAAAAAUUGCGGGAAGCAUGAUCUCGCAAAGAAGAUAGAGCAGCUUGAGGUGUCGCUUCGUGGUGAUUGAUUUGUUGAGGAAACUGAUUGGAAUGGGCUCUGCUCUCAUUACGGAGAGCCAGGUUUCAGUUUUUUGUCAUGGACAAGCCAUGAAAUGAUGGACCCUGGGAUUUACUACUCAAUGCAUAUGCAGAGUUGUCUUCUUGAAGAUAUCAAAGCAUUCAGUAAUCGGAAAACUGUAAUUUAGCGUUGAAGUGCUGAUAUCUCUCAAGCAGAUGGUGGAGGUAAAAUAGCACGAAUGGAAGCAGUUGGAAAAGCUAUCUUUAAGUUAUGGGAGUUUUAGCCCCUGGAGAGCAUGCACUAUGGUACGCCGGGAAAUAAGCAACCGCAUAAAAUAUCUGUGAUGUUUGUAUAAGGAACUGAGUUCUGCGACAAAGUUCUGUCAGUUUCUGCUACUUAUUGAGCAAUAUUGCUGCUUUUAGACCAUUGAGUCACCUUUGCAGAUUAGACAAUUGAUCUUAUAUCGAGUUUUGGUGUUUACAAUUAGAGAGCGAAGGUUGCCUCUGUAUCCAAUUUUUUUGGUGGGAGCAUGUAUAGAGAAAUAAUAUUGCAUAUGUUCGGGUUCA